CGGUGUUAACGUGACUGCGGUUCAGAAGUUCAGCGGAGAGAGCGUCGAGAGUGCACACCCCUCUUUGCAGCAGGGGGGAGGGGGAAGGGCGAGAGGGAGGGGCAAGUGAGCAAAAAAAAAAAAAAAAAAAGUGUGGACCCAGAAGUGAAAUGUGAUCGCGCGCCAGGAGAAGCCCAGAGGAACCAGCGACCUUGAGCAGCCCAUUCAGGGCGAAGUCAUGGUGGGCUGCUGAGCGGGAGGCGGGCGCGGGGCGGCGGCGAGAGGAAGCGCGCCCAUGGAGAACCCGGUGGCCCCCUGCGUCCUCUACCCAGGGGACGACCACGGCCGCGGGGCUGAGCCCGGGGACGGCUUUGCGCAUGGAGCGUGCGGCCAGCCCGGGGACCGGAGCGGCGCUGCCGAGGCUCCGGGAGAGGGCAGCCUGCAGCCGCCGGACGCGGCCGGGGGGGAGGGCGCCGCGUCCCCGGCGCAGACACCCUGCAGUCUCAGCGCGUCCCUGUGCUUCAGCUCCGGGGACGAGUCCCCGCCGCAGUCUCGCGCCUCCGCGGCGGAGGGCGCAGCGACCUCCCCGCCCUCGUGUCGCAGCGGCCAGCGGGUGGUGGAGACGCAGUGGGAAGUCGGCAGCGCGGGCGCCGGGUCCCCGGCGGAGCGCGCGUCGCCGGAAGAGCCCGCGUCCCUGGAAGAGCGCAGAUACCCCGAGGAGCCCGCGUCCCCGGAAGAGUCCGUGUCCCUGGAGGAGCCCGCGUCCCCCGAGGAGCGCGCGUCCCCGGAAGACCCCGCGCCCCCCGAGGAGCCCGGGGACCCCGCGCCUCUGCCUCCCGGCGUCGGGCCCGAGCACGGGGAGCCCGACCUGGUCAUCGAGGUGUCGGGCCGCCGGCUGCGGGCGCACAAGGCGGUGCUGGCGGCGCGCAGCGACUACUUCCGCGCGCGCGCGUCGCGGGACGUGCUGCGGGUGCAGGGCGUGGGUUGGGCGGCGCUGCGGCUGCUGCUGGCCUACGCGUACAGCGGGCGCAUGGCGGGCGUGCGGCCCGAAAACGUGGCCGAGGUGGUGGCCGGCGCGCGCCGCCUGCAGCUGCCCUGCGCCGCGCAGCGCGCCACCGACGCCGUGGCGCCGCAGCUGAGCCUGGCCAACUGCUACGAGGUGCUGAGCGCGGCCAAGCGGCAGCGGCUGGCCGAGCUGCGCGACGCCGCCUACCGCUUCAUGAGUGACCACUACCUGGAGGUGCUGCGCGAGCCCGCCGUCUUCGGGCGCCUGUCGGGCGCCGAGCGCGACCUGCUGCUGCGCCGCCGCCUGCGCGCCGGCCGCGCCCGCCUGCUGGCCGCCGCCCUGGGGCCGGCCGGGGAGCGCGCGGGCAGCCGGCCGCAGAGCCCGUCGGGGGAGGCGGAGGCCCGCGGCGAGGCCGCCGUCUACUGCCUCCACGAGGCGGCCGGCGAGUGGCGCGAGCUGACGCGGCUGCCCGAGGGCGCACCGGCACGGGGCUGCGGCCUGUGUGUCCUCUACAACUACCUCUUCGUGGCCGGAGGCGUGGGGCCCCCGGGGCCCGACGGCCGCGCGCGCCCAUCCGACCAGGUCUUCUGCUACAACCCGGCCACCGACCGCUGGAGCACCGUGCGGCCGCUGCGCCAGGCGCGCUCGCAGCUGCAGCUGCUGGCCCUGGACGGCCACCUGUACGCCGUGGGCGGCGAGUGCCUGCUCAGCGUGGAGCGCUAUGACCCGCGCGCCGACCGCUGGGCCGCCGUGGCCCCGCUGCCCCGGGGCGCCUUCGCCGUGGCGCACGAGGCCACCACCUGCAACGGCGAGAUCUACGUGUCCGGGGGCUCGCUCUUCUACCGCCUGCUCAAGUACGACCCGCGGCGCGACGAGUGGCAGGAGUGCCCGUGCAGCAGCAGCCGCGAGCGCUCGGCCGACAUGGUGGCCCUGGACGGCUUCAUCUACCGCUUCGACCUCUGCGGGGCCCGCGGCGACGCGCAGGCGGCGGCCGGGCCCGGAGGGGUCAGCGUGCUCCGCUACCACUGCCUGGCCAAGCAGUGGAGCCGCUGCGCCUCGCACCUGCGGCCCCCGGGCGCGCCGUCCGGCCUGCAGCCCUUCCGCUGCGCCGCCCUGGACGGCACCAUCUACUGCGUGGGCCGCGCCGGCACCUGGCGCUUCGUGCCCCCGCAGGACGGCGAGCCCGGCGCGGACGCGGGCGCCGGCGGCAGCUUCGAGCCCGAGUCCCUGCGAGCCCCUUGGGACGCCCGGGGCGUGCUCUUCCCUUUCGUCCUCAACUUGCCGGAGAAGCCGGACAGAGGCGAGGAGGGUGCCGCGUAGGGCGGGCCCAGGCCACCUGGGCGUCUCCUUGGGCAGCCCUGGGACGAGGAGCUUCCCUUGGGCUGAGGUCCCAGCUGGGAAGGGGCGAAGGGAGCGGAGGAAGGGAGGGGAGGUGGGCGAGUGGGCCGCUGGCCGCGAGGAUGGGUUAAACGCUUUGAAGGUAGAAGCCUGUCUUGGGGCCUUGAAGACUUUCUGCCAUGCUGUGCUAAGGUCGGCUUCCCUAUUCUGCAUUCCUUUCUGCUUCGCUUUGCUUAAUGGGGUCGGUGGCGUGAGAUGUAGGAUGUGCUCAAAUAGAUAACUUUACAGAUAAGACACAGGAUAUCUGAGGGAGAAGGCGAUGGAAUCAAAAGAUUAAGCUUCAAGGAACAGUGGGUGGGGCCCGGAGUGAACCGCGGUGCGCCCAGGAUGUAUUGAGGGUGUACCCAGGGUUUACCUGGGCGUGCUCAGGUGUACCUGGCGUGCACGAACGCCGGGAGUGGAGUGGAGAGGAGCCCAGACUUGAACUCUGGCAGCUUGCUGCGUGAUGAGAAGGCCCGGGGACAGCUCGGGCCACCAAGCCAGAGUGGGGACCCUAAAGUAGGCCGAUGUGAACUCUACUGGUGGGACCACUGAAAGAAGGCCACACUUUUUUGGCUUGAAGUUUAGAAUUAUAACUAACAAGUGAAGCUCUUAAAACCUUUCUAACUUAGUUUGAAAGUUCACGCCACCACGUGUUCAGGGUUUGGUUGGCUCAACUCCAAACUCAAUAAGCAUUAAAGACAAAAUCUUUGAUUACCAAUAUGAUCUCCCGUCCAGUAGCGUGGGAGGUAUUUCCUCUGUGGUGCCAUAGAUACCAUGAAUGGGGGAGCGCACACCCCCCAGCCCCCUCUGGAGCAGUUCCAUCUCACUGUGUAACUGAGAUGGGUGUUUAACAUUUUUCAAGUUAAAGGAUGUUAAUAAUUAUAUUCAAUGAUAUAGUAAUGAUUGACUAUUUGAAUUUUAAGUCUUUGGUGACUAAAUGUUUACCAAAGAACAUGUCACGAAUUGGAAAGCCGACCCGCAAGGGAGCUUGUCUAUUGUAAAAGGAACCUUUGAUAGCCGCUGUAUCUGCUCAGCCAUGUCCACAUUUUAUAAUGGGUUGAAAGAGAGUAUUAUUCUAAAAAAAAAAAAAAGAAGGUUAAAAUCACUUUUUCUGACAGUUCUAAAGACAAACAUGCAGGCCCAUUUUGAACCCAUGACUUAUGAUGUUUUAAAUAUGUAUUAUGUAAUUCCAGUGAGGAAAAUUAAUUUUUACAAGCAUCAUUCUAAGAAAAUGUGGCAGAGUGACAAUGAGCAUAUUGACAUAAGGGGAAAUAACAUAUAUUUAUAAUGUAGUUUAGCAAGUAAAAUACAUUUUUCCAAUUGUGAAUUCCAAAAUGCUCUGAUAGAAUUAACAUGAAACUCAUGACUUUGACAGGACGCAAGGAUUAAAAA